AUGAAAAAACGUUUUAAUAAAGAUGAUAUUUCCUCACCAAAAGACUUUGAGCAUCUGAUACAUACUGAAAGUGAAGAACAAGCCCAAGAGUUUUUAGUUUAUUGGAAUGAAAAUCCAAACAAUAGCAAAUUACCAGAUGCUACGGUACAAUUUAAAACUUUAUCCAAAAUUUCAAAAGGUUUUGAUGUCGAAAAAAACUGUACUGGAACUGUUAUAAUUAAAAAUAACACAAGCAAUGUACAUAAAGAAGAAUUUUCUCAUCAGGAAAUAGUUCCAUCUUUGAUUACCAUAGAGAAAUCUGUAGCGACCAAAGUUUAUUUUGAAAAUUACUUUUAUAAUAUCCUCAAAAAACCUCCAGGACGUGUAAAACGUCGUUUACAACUUGAAGCAGAUUUGGAAAAAAUGGUAAUAUCUGAUAAAGAAAAACUGGAAAUCAGACAAGAUUGGCUUAACCUCGAGUCGGAGUAUAUGCGACUUUUGAGAAAAAAGAUUACCAUAAACUCUUUUAUCAUUAUUAAGACAAUUGGUCAUGGUGCAUUUGGAGUCGUGAAACUUGUAAAAGAAAGAGGCACUGGAAUGUUGUAUGCAAUGAAAAUCAUGAGAAAAGCUGAUAUGCUGAAGAAAGGUCAAGAAGGUCAUAUUCGUGCCGAACGAGAUCUUUUGACUGCAGCAGCAGAGUCUGCUCAUUGGAUAGUAAAGUUGAUUUAUUCUUUUCAAGAUUCAGAUCACUUGUAUCUUGUGAUGGAGUAUAUGCCUGGCGGUGACUUGCUUAAUCUUCUAAUUGAAAUGGAAAUAUUCAAAGAAAAUUUUGCAAAAUAUUAUAUCUCUGAAAUGAUAUUAUGUAUUGAAGAGGCACAUAAAAUGGGUUAUAUUCAUCGUGAUAUUAAGCCUGAUAACUUUUUAUUUGAUGGCAAAGGUCAUAUAAAACUUUCAGAUUUUGGCCUUGCAACAGAUUUUCAUUGGGUACAUGAUUCGGCAUAUUAUGAACAACAACGAAGAGACUUAUUACAUAAAACAGGAGUAGAUAUUGAAGCGGAUACUUUUUCAAAGGCUAUGAGUAAAAAAAUUAGAUCGUCAAAAUUGAUGGAACAAUGGUUAGAAGAGGAAGAUGCCGAGAAUGGUGGUGUUCCAAAAACCAGAAUUUUGAGUUGGAGAGAUAAAAAUCGAAAAAAAUUGGCUUUUUCAAUUGUAGGAACUAAUAAUUAUAUGGCACCAGAGGUUAUAAGAGGCACUGGAUAUGAUAAAAGUUGUGAUUGGUAA